AUCUCGGCCACUCGCCAUCAGCUGAUCAGCGGGAGCCGGCCGCCGCCCGACGCCCGUGCGUGCAGGCGGAGGCGGUGGUAGCGCCGGCCGCCGCCGCCGUCCAGACCGCUCGCCCGAGUCGCCGCUUGCUUGGCUCCACCCCUCGACCUCAGAGACUUGAGAGGAGGAGGGAGAGAGAAAGAGUUGACGUCAGCGCACGGCACGGGUCGCGACCCCGACCUGUCCCCCCGGCGGCGCGGCGAAGCCGGCGUCGUCUUCAUCGCCUCACCAUGCCACACGCUCACUCCGAUCCGGCGGUGGAGUCGAGCUUCCGCGGGGACGCCGAUGCUUGCCGUGGGAGGAAGCGCGCGAGGGUGUUGCCGCUCGAGGAGGCAGGGGAGGACAUGGAGGAGAGCACGGUGGCAGCGUCCGGCGAUGCGCGAGGGGAUUUGGUCCGAUGGUUUUCGGAACGGCAGCAGGUGGCUUCCUGCAGCGAUGGUGACCAGACGCAAGGCGCUGGCAUGUUUGCUGCAAUGCAGGAAAACACUUGCUCUGUCGACAGCAAUGGCGUGGUGUAUCCGCAGUCUGACCUACGGUAUUCAGCUGGCCAGAAUGGGACACAUGGUGAUGGGUAUGUGCAGAACCAGACUUUGGAAGGCUGCAUGUACAUGAAUCAGCAUGGGCAGAUGUGCGGCCCUUACUCACCCGAACAGCUGUAUGAGGGUUUAUCCACUGGUUUCUUGCCCCACGAUCUUGCUAUUUAUGCAGUUUUUGGCGGGAAAAUGGCGAACCCUGUGCACUUAAGUUUCCUGAAACAGUUCCUUUCGCAAUGGAAUUCCAAUGCUGCGGUCGACACAAGAAACAAAUCAGCAGGGAAUAAGAAACUGGCUUCUGUUAGCAAAUUGCUUCUUCCGGAUGCUCUUUCAAGUGAAGAAUCAUGUUGGAUGUUUGAGGAUGCAGAAGGCCGCAGACAUGGCCCACAUUCUCUUGCUGAACUUUCUUAUUGGCAUCACAGUAGCUAUCUGCAUGACCUUUCAAUGAUUUACCAUGUCGACAGCAAGUUUGGCCCAUUUACGCUUGUAUCACUAAUUGAUUGGUGGAGUGGAGGUGCAGAACAUUCAGAAUCUGCAGCCAAUGAUUCUGGGUCCCUGAACGCUUUAAUGAGUGAUAUAGUUGAUGAUAUAAGCCAUCAGCUGCAUGCUGGAAUAAUGAAAUCAGCCCGCAAAGUUUUUAUUGAUGAAAUAUUUAGCAGUGUACUUCCUGAAAUUAUUGCUUGCAGGAAAACUGAGAAGCAAAUGGCUGCAAAACUUAAGAGCCAAGCUGCUAAGACUGACAAUGUGAGCAACAAGAAUGCUUUGGUACUGAUGGGCAAGGGUGAUGGAACAUCUACUCAUCCAAAAAAACUGAACUCAUUUAAUAAAGUACUGGGAGAUCCUUCUGUGGCUGCUCAAUCAACUGCAUUACAGUAUGAAUUUGCUGAUAUAUUAUCGGCAGUUUGGACAACAAUUUAUAAUGAAUCAAUGAAGAGUAUCUGGGAUGAAGUACUGUAUGAUCCUGUCAUGGACUACUCUGAUGCAUGGCUAAAAGGAAAAAAUGAGUCAAACCUUCUCUCUACAGUUGUUCUUGGAACCUCUAAUAACCAAAAGAUGCAAGCCACAGAUGAAAUGUCACCAAAGGCAAUUUGUGAUUCAAAUGCUCCUGAAGGCGACAUGGAUUUCCCACCAGGAUUUGGACUAAACCGGGAGUCUGCUGAGCAUUCCCAUUCGGUGUUCUUGUUUGAUGUUGAACAUGGUACUGACAAAACAAGUGGGAAGUCUGAAUCAAGUUCCACUUUGUUUUCUGGCCCCUUGAGACGAGUCCAGGUAAUGCUGGCAAAUGAACUAUAUAUGGCAGCAAAGGAAACUUUGUUCCAACAUUUCAAGGAGGUCAUUGCAGAGGAGAUAACAAACUGUUUGUGCUUUGGACUUGAAGAUGACAUUAAUCAAGAAAGAAUUCGCACCCCUGUUCAUGCACCAGAACCAUCCCGUCCUGGAAUAUCUGGGCAUGAAACACCCUUUCCUGCUGAAAUGGCUCAAGAUAGUCCUGCUCAAAUGGCUCGAGAUGAAAUGUUGGAUACGGCUGAAAUGGCUGUAGAUACACUACCCUGCCCUGCUGAUACUACGGCAUAUGGAACAUCUGCAGACAAAAUGCUCAUUUCUUAUGUGGGAAAUCAAUUGUGCUCUGCAUCUUAUGCAAGUAUAUUUGAAAAGCUGGAUGUACAUGAAGAAGCUGAAUUGGACGAGAGUUUUGAUGAGGUGCCUCCUGGAACGGAGACUGGCUUAGCUUCACUGGUGAUUAUGGACAAAAACAAAUACCAGCCCUCAAAAUCAGUAGGCUCAGUGCCGGAAAUUUAUAGAUAUACUAAUUGGGCUCUCUUCAGGCAAUUACUGCAUGACAGUGUAAUGAAAGAGUGGGCAUCUCUCUUCUCAGUUGCUCUUAACAAUUGUCUUGAUUCAUGGUUCACCAGGAAAAAUACUGUAGGUAAAACAAUGGAUGAAACAUCGAGACCCAAACAAUAUACUUACUACAGGAAGAGGAAAUUCAGGAAAAACUGUGAAGCAGCAUCAUCAGAAAAACCAAUGGAUGAGCAGCUCUCCAGACCUCUAUGUGAUCUCGUUGAACGCAAGGGUAAUAUGAAAAAUAUCCAUGGAUCAAUCAAGGCAGGGAUUUCACAGAGAGUUUCUGUUGUGGAUAAGCCCUCUAAAAAGCACGCCAAACCUUUACAUAACAAUGAUAUUAAUUUGAGUAUCCAGCAGGACUUGAAACUCCUUUCUAACAAGGUUCCAAAGAGGAGCAGGUCUUCCCAUCCGACUAGUAAGCCUUUUGUUAACAACAAAGUGCCUACUGAGAAUAGAACUACAGCAACAAUGCCUGGAAAGAAAAGAAAGCAAAAAAACUUGCCCAUUGAAUCCAAUCUGAAGGCAAAAGCAUUGGUUUUAUCUCCAGAAUCACAUGGUUGCAAGGCACCUAUUGAGAAUAGAACUACAUCUACAAUGCCUGUAAAGAAAAGAAAGAAAAACUUGCCCAGUGAGUCCAACCUGAAGGCAAAACCGUUAGUUUUAUGUCCAAAACCACAUGAUUGUGAAGCGCCUAUGGAGAAUAGAAAUACAUCUACAGUGCACACAAAGAAAAGAAAGCAGAAGAACUUGUCCAAUGAGUCCAACUUGAAGAAAAAACCAUUGGUUUUAUUUCCAGAAUCAUGUGGUUGUGCAAGAGCUUCUGUGAGUGGAUGGGAAUGGCGUGUUUGGGCACGCAAUGCCACUCCAUCAGAAAGAGCUCAAGUCAGAGGCUACCGUGUUAGGAGUAUUCUGUCAGCUCCAGAAAGCAAUGUGUUGAAAAGUUCACAAGUUAAGGGUGCAUCUGCAAGAACAAACCGAGUUAAGCUGCGGAACCUGUUAGCAGCUGCUGAAGGCGCUGACCUACUAAAAAUUACCCAAUCAAAGUCAAGGAAGAAGCGAUUACGUUUUCAAAGGAGUAAGAUCCAUGAAUGGGGGCUGGUGGCUCUUGAAUCUAUUGACGCAGAAGAUUUUGUAAUUGAAUAUGUGGGUCAGCUGAUUCGCCGACAGGUUUCAGACAUACGUGAGGCUCAAUAUGAGAAAAGUGGAAUCGGAAGCAGUUACCUUUUCCGUUUGGAUGAUGAAUAUGUGGUUGAUGCUACUAAGCGUGGUGGGCUAGCAAGAUUCAUCAACCAUUCUUGCGAUCCAAAUUGCUAUACAAAAGUAAUUACUGUCGAGGGCCAGAAGAAGAUUUUCAUUUAUGCAAAGAGGCGUAUAUAUGCUGGUGAGGAAUUGACUUAUAAUUAUAAAUUUCCACUGGAGGAAAAGAAGAUCCCAUGCCACUGUGGUUCCCAGAGGUGCCGUGGAUCAAUGAAUUAGGAAGUAUAUCAUUCAGGAGGGAACUGCAAUUGGGUGCUAGUGUGGUAUGUAUGUGUGAUAUCUGCUUGUAGAUGUUACUGGGCAGAAGUUUGCUGCAGAAAUAUGUUGUUCUCGGAUUUACUGACAGGAUUGUGAUUAUAUAUCAAGGUAUGGGGUCGUGGAACAAACUGUCCUGCAAGAUUACAAGUUGCAGAACCCCUUGUGCAGAAGAAUCAAAACACGUUAUUUAUUUAGGCUAGAUGGACUAAUUCAGGUCAUACAAAGGUACAAGCGCUUUAAGUGUGGGCUGAUGGAUCGUUGGUUGCCUUAGUGUUUCUGCUGAACGAGGUUCAUGUUUACAGGCUGACAAGGUAUAUGGAUACAUAUUAAUUAUCAUCCGUGGUGUAUGCCUAUGAAUUUCGUCCACCAAACAACCGAAUUAUGUGAAUUACCAUUGGCAGGUCAUCAUGCCCCGGGUACAGACGUGCAUGAAUUAAUUUCUGAUAUCACAAACGUAAGUAUUUAUUUACCAGUUUAUAUGUACUUUGUGCAGGCGUCAUGACAACAAGUUAACUACGGUGCAAAAGCAAACUAACAAUCAAUCCAUCUGUCUUAUUACAAGUUAAUAACGGUGCAAUUACUGCAAAAGCAACCUAACAACAAAAGCCAUUUGUCCUGCAUUUUGCCAUUAUGUCAACCGGCAGAUAUGCUAAUUAGCUAGCAAUUACAUUUUUCCAGUCCAUAUCGUUGACCCACAAUAGUUUAGUUGCUUUACACAUGAUUUGGCGUCCGUGAUCAGCUUCGAAAUGCUAACUAGAGGCCCCCAAAAAUAGUUGAUGUUCGUUCUAGAUCUUACACUGGAAAACUGUAAGCGUUUAGAGAGAGAGGAGUGAAAAGGAUUUCAUCCGGAAGCUUCAUGACCGCCAGAAUAAUAUUUUAAUCACAAAAAAUAAGGCAACUUGGGGGACGUUUUAACGUAUUAUUGACCCAGUUACGACCCUGUCCUCCUGGCCCAACAUCUGUUGACAUAAGAAUGAACACUGAGCCCAAACAAACUUUAGCGUGCUAGUAGUAGUUUUUGGAGUGAGCUAUAUUCUCAAAUUUUGGUUCUACAAUUUAAAUUCAAAAUACGUUUUGUAUGAAGAGAAAUGUCACUUAGCAUUUUCAGUAGUUCGAUCAAUGGCAAUGUGAGUCAAACAACAGUUAAGGCGUUCAAUUGCCCUGGCAAAAUAGUUUUCAAGGCUGUAAGACCAACUCCUUUUCAACUAGGAAUUCUCCAUGUUUAAGUUUAAAAGAAGAACUAAAAGAUGCAA